UGGCAUUACCAGUUGAUUGCAGUCGGAGUAAACAAAAUGGCGGAAGAGGGUAGCAUUCCUAAAAAGAAUUUUGCAGAAUAUAUCUUUUCUAAGUUGCCAAAAUUAAAACCUUUUACACCAGAAAAUGUUUACGUUUAUUACGUUCCUUUAGCGGGAGCUUUUAGUUAUUCAGCAUUUUCUGUAACCGUUUUUAUUCCUGAUGUUUCAUCCAGAUUAUUUUCGCGUAACAGUUUUGCAGUUGCCAACAGUCUGUUAUUUAAUUCACAUUUGGGUUCGGGGUUAUACUUGUAUAAUCGUAAUCACAUGCAGAAAGCAUCUACUUACUAUCGCAUUAUGUAUAGUGUAUAUGGAGCUCUAUUGUUUAAUUUUGGAUCUGUGCUGCUUUGGGCUGUUACAAAGACAUUAUUGCCAGAAAGUAACAUACUCCGGACAAUAUUUGCAUUAUCAAGCUCCUUUUGCAUGCUAACAAUUGGAAAAGAAUAUUUAGAUUUCGUGGACAAUGAGAAGAGCUCAAGUCCAUCUCUCUAACUUCCAGUAGCAGUUUUAAACUGAUGCAGUAUUAAGAACAAAACAGCAACUAAUUAGGGAAAAGUAAUAUUUCUUUUAACCAAUAAUAAUGU